GAUUCUCUUAGGCAUAUCAGUAGCCAUUCAACGCUGUAGCGAAACGCACGAGACAAACGUGGAAACAAACAAAAAAAUCGAAAAAGAAAAAUCCAAGUGAAGAAAUCAAAGUUCAGUCUCCGUGUAAUCGAAGUUGAAUUGAAAAACUCAAAUUAACGCGAACAACAAUAGCAACAAACCAAUCAAUGAGAACAAAUAAACCGCCUGCUCUUUUAGGGGUAUUUCAACACAACAACAACAGCAAUGAAUAGAAAAUUAUUAGGUCCACUCAUCUUUAUGGGAAUCUUGGUUGUCUGUCUGACAAAGCCAAUGUCGACGUCGACGUCAGCCCCGCCAACCUUAUUCUCCCUCUACGAUUCAAACGAAAGUGAAAUCUUGCACGACAACAAUGACAAUGAUGUCGCAAACUCUAUAAACGACGACGAUAGAGACAAAGAUUAUCGCCAACAAUACGCUGCAAAAAUGUUGACAUAUAUGAACCAUUCCAUAGAUCCGUGUGAUGACUUCUACGAAUAUGCCUGUGGAAAUUGGAAAAAUACGAUACCGCCACGUCAAGCAGAACACAAACGCAACAGUCUACUCGAUGUCAACUUCAAGUUGGAUGAUUUGGUUGAAGUGAUGUUGUCAUGGCCUCACGUUGAUGAUAUCGCUCCCGAAUAUUCAAGGGAGUUCAAGACCGCCCAACAGCUAUAUAAUAAUUGUAUGCAAAGUGAUAUAUAUCCCAUGAAAAAAUCUCCCGAAUAUUUAAAAGUCAUUGCAGACAUCGGUGGCUUUCCAGCCGUCCAAAGUGAAUGGAAUGCCUCAGAAUUCAGUUGGCUCAAUAUGAGUUCGCAUAUGAGCAAUUACGGUCUCAGCAGUUUAAUUAAAGAGGGCAUUAUACCGCAGUAUCCAUUCGCGCCGUACUUUCAAAUACCCGAAUUUGGUUUUGACAUUGAACUUCACUAUGAUAACAUUAAGAAUAGUUCAUCGAAUGCCUAUAAAGUAAAUUGGCAGAGCAUGAAUGACAUAUUGAGCGUGUAUGGGGUGGAACCGGCAGAGAGGCGGGAAUCUAUUAUCAGCGAAAUAUUUGAAUUUUUACAGGCUGCCUUAAAUAUUGUCGAACAAUUUGAAGAGCAUGAUUACAAAUGCCGUGCCUUAUCGGAAGAAUUGGACGAAGAUGUCGUCAAUGUGGUCGAUCAGCAAUGGUUGGCUUACCAUGAAAUUGCCUGGAUGGGAAAAUCUGAAUUAAGAGAUGAUGAUGAAAAACCAUGUGUAUAUUUAUAUUAUCAUUUGGAUAAAGUCUGUUCGGAGCGUAAAGAAGCUGUGGCCAAUUAUCUGGCACUGAAAUUCCUCUAUCACGUAGAUUCUCGUUUAAAGGAUGUUGAAUUUCAGAAGGAUUUUUGCACAUCGCAUGUGAAGCGAACGAUGAGCUUUUUCUUUGAUCACUUGUAUAUGAAGGCAUUCUUCAACAAUGAUCUGAGACGUGAUGUUGAGAAAAUCAUCAAAGAUAUACGACACAGUUUGCACACCAUACUUGUGGAAGCUGAUUGGUUGGAUGAGGCCACAAGAGAAGCAGCACUACAAAAAGAGGCCGCUAUCGCCGAAUACAUUGGACGUUAUGAAGAUACAAACAUGACCAAACUUCUUCUGGCCGAAUUGAAAAAUCUUAAAUAUGAAGAAGACAAUUACGACCUUAAUAAUUUGAAUAUGCGUAAAUUUAAACAAUCAAUGAAACGUUUUAAUGGCCUGCACUUUGAACAACUUGGCAAUGAUACAAAACCUCUGGAAUUGCUUCUGGGCAUGCAGGUGAAUGCCUUCUAUUACAACAUCGAUAAUUCCAUUUAUGUUACGGCUGGUAUUCUACAUCCACCUGCCUUCCAUAAGGCAUGGCCAAAUGCCCUGAAAUAUGGCACCAUAGGUUAUCUGGUGGGCCAUGAAUUUACUCAUGGUUUCGAUACAGUUGGUUCCAAUUAUGAUGCCAAUGGCAACAACAAUUAUUGGUGGUCCAGCAAAUCGGGAAAGGUGUUUGAGGAACGUUCCGAAUGUUAUGUUGAAUAUUAUCAGAAUUAUUCCAUACCGGAAAUUAAUCGCAAUAUCAAUGGCAAUUUAACAAAAGAUGAAAACAUUGCCGAUGGUGGUGGCUUGAGGAUGGCCUAUAUGGCCUAUCGCCGUAACCUGAAAGAGAUGACAAAAAAUGCUAAUCUAAUUGAAACCAAUUUCCACAAAGAGGAACAAAUGCCGGGCCUAGAUUUAUCGCCGGAACAGCUGUUCUUCUUGGGGGCUGCACAGCUUUGGUGUUCAUCCUACAAAGAAGCCCACUAUUGGGAAGAGCUGUCCGAUGAACACACUAUAGAUAAGUAUCGUGUUUUGGGCCUGGUAUCGAAUAACGAAGAAUUUGCCAAGGCAUUCAAUUGUCCCAUCGAUAGUAAAAUGAAUCCUUCUACUAAAAAGUGUGAAAUUUGGUAGUAGCAUAAAUAGAAUUAUUUUUAAUUGUUUUAAUUUCAUUUGAAAUUUGACUUUUUUUUACCUAAUUUUAAGAAAAUAAAUAUAAAU